GUGACCUCUACUGCAGUUGAAAAUAUUCGGGACCGGAGGUUGAAUCCAUUGAUUUUUUAUGAUGUGACCCAUCUCCGCAAGAAUACCGUGACAAUUUUAAUAGGAAGCCCCUUCAUUGUGUGCACAACCAUCGCAAGAAGGGCUUAUGUGCUCCUCGCCGCUUGAUUUCCGACUCGGGGUGCUCAGUGUUGUUCGGGGAAAGUCUGUUUCAGCUGCACCGCAUCAACAUGGGUGUGAUUGGUGUGCAGCUGGUGGUUACCAUGGUAAUGGCCAGUGUAAUUCAGAAAAUCAUACCUCAUUAUUCCUUUGCAAGAUGGCUACUCUGCAGUGGCAGUCUGCAGUGGUAUCAGCACCCUACGGAAGAUGAGCUGAGGAGCUUAGCUGGAAAACAAAAAGGACAGAAGAAGAAAGACAGGAAGCACAAUGGUCACAUAGAGAAUAAGCCACUCACGGUUCCCAAAGACAUAGAUCUGCAACUGGAGACGAAAUACAUUGCGGAAGUCGACACAUUAGCAUUACACUACUUCCCGGAGUUCCAGUGGCUGGUGGAUUUCACAGUAGCGGCGACUGUGGUCUAUCUGAUAACGGAACUGUACUACAGCGUGGCUCAGCCCUCGGGAGAGAUGAACAUCAGUGUGGUCUGGUGCCUGUUAGUAAUCGCUUUUGUCCUUAAGACCCUUUUCUCUCUAACGGCCCACUACUUCAAGCUGGAGGAAGGUGGCGAGCGUUCACUCUGCAUUACUUUCGCUUUCUUCUUCUUUGUCAAAGCCAUGGCCAUUCUCAUUGUUACUGAAAACUACCUGGAGUUUGGUCUGGAGACGGGUUUUGCAAACUUCUCUGGCAGCGCUUUACAAUUUCUGGAGCACCAGGGCUUAGAUUCCCAGGGUCCCAUAUCCAAACUGACCUUCAAGCUGAUCCUGGCGCUGCUCUGCUCCCUGAUUGGCGCAUUCCUAACAUUCCCCGGUCUACGAUUGGCUCAGAUGCACCUCGAUGCUCUCAAUCUGACCACAGCCAAAUUUACACAGACUCUGCUUCAUAUCAACUUUCUGUCCCCUCUUAUCAUGGUCCUUCUGUGGGUGAAGCCCAUUACCAAGGACUACCUGAUGAACCCCACUCUGGAAAAGGAGAAUGUGCCUUUGAUGACCGAGGACACGUAUGACACGUUGCGGUUAUGGGCCAUCAUACUGAUGUGUGUACUCCGGCUCGCAUUGAUGAGACAUCAUAUGCAGGCCUACCUCAACCUGGCCCAGAAGGGCGUGGACCAGAUGAAGAGGGAGGCGGGACGGAUAAGCACCGUUGACCUGCAGAAGAUGGUUGCUCGUGUUUUUUACUACUUGUGUGUAAUCGCUCUACAGUAUGUGGCACCACUAGUGAUGCUGCUGCAUACGACUUUGCUGCUCAAAACCUUAGGCGGACACUCCUGGUGGGUCUAUCCUGAAGAAGACCUUCCUUGCCUGUAUGAAGUUCACUCUGACUAUGUGACUGGGGCGGCACCAAUGGCAGCCGCCCCCACACCAGCUUCACUGGUGGAAACCGGAGCCCGGGCGUCGGUGGCCCAGCUGUCGGUGGCUCUGGGAGGCCUGCGGACGGUCUUCAGCCCGUUGCUUUUCCGGGGCCUCUUCUCCUUCUUCACGUGGUGGAUCGCCGCCUGCCUCUUCUCCACGUCCCUCUUCGGCCUCUUCUACCAUCAGUAUCUCAUGGCGGCAUAGCGUCGCCGGCCCAGCGGUGGCUGCUCAGAGGGUACUGUGUGGCGGGCGACGGAGGCCCCGCCGAUGACUCUGCUCCGCAACCCCUCCUCUCCCUUCCUUUCUCCCUCCGACCACCGCGUUAGUGACUGACCAUAUCAUCAGUGCUCCCGGUUCAGCUCCCAGUGCUUCCUCCACAGAUGACUCUUUGAACCCCUUGUCGUUGUUUUUACUACAUCCACUACCUUUUUUUUUAUUUUGAGAUUAAGAUUUCUAAACCUUGAUAACUGACUGAAGUAUGGGUUAGAGGAAUAGGAGCUGCCAUAGGUCAUACAUUGGGUUAGUAAUGAGGAAUUGGUCCGGUUUCUUGUGUGAAUUUUGAAUAACAUGAGGUUAAUGUUUGUUUUUAAAUAUCCGAUGCUGAUUACUAUUCCUUUUUCAUUGUUGAAUGGCAGAUCUGCUUAUUUCCAUCCAUGUCUUUUUCAAAAUUCCUGGCUGUUGUCCCAUGUUUAAUCCUUUCUUUUUUCUGUGCUCACUAAGGCUUCUGUAACAGUGUGUCAGUAGUGAGGUACAUCAGACUUCUUCUGCAUGAGUGGAAACAUGCUGUUAAGUUGGUUAUGUUGGUUGGUUAUAGGAGUUAAAUACCAUCUGUAUUCCAGUCUGAUUUGGCAUAUUUCCCACAAUGAAGCAUUGUAAAGAAGCUACAUUUAGGUCAUUACCUCUGCCGAUGUUGAUGGGGGUUAAUAUGUGACUUCCUGUCAACAUCACCUUUUUGUGUUUUUGUAAGUUUUGGGAAACUGACAACUGCUAUUUUUAUGCCCCGUGACUUUUUUUUUUUUUGAUCAAAACUUUAAAAAAUAUGUGUGUGUUUUUACUUGAUUACAUUGCCUCGGACCAAAGGAGUGUCUGAACUAGUCUUAAAAGGUCGCGGCGAGGACCGGCACGUCUGUGACAGAGAGUAGGAGGGAGGAAGGUGCCGUCUGUGGAUAUUCACAGACCGGCUGUCAGCUAAACGGGGUUGGAGAGUGGACGACUGAAGAAGAGCUGUUCCUACAAGAGAAAGAUGUUAAACGUCUCAUUGACUUGAAGCUGAAGUAUUUAAAUGUUUAUUCUGCCUUGUAAACUCAUCGGUUUUAACUGAGCCAUUUUAAAAAGCUAUGAGAGUAUUUAGAGCGCUUUCUUCAUCAUCAAUGAUUUAAAGGGAGGGCGGCACUGAGGGCUCAGUCGGGGUUUGUGCUUGAGUCUUUGUGUCUGUCUGCAUGUGUAAGAUCUCUGCUGUAGGUCAUCUGUAUACUCAACGGGCAUUUAGAUCAAAAGAGGAUGAUAUCAACUACUCGGUAGUUAGUCUGCUUUUCUGUUUUCUAACUUUUAGCCAUCUGUCGUUUUCGGGCUGAUUUGGGAACCAUUUUCUGUCUGGUUUUGAAAUCUUUUUCUGAUUGAUCAAAGUGUGAAGUUCUGAUUCUUAAAAUGGUGCCAAGCGAGUCUGUUCCCCCUCUCCCAAUGGCUAAGGAUUUGGUGUGUGUGUUUGCUAGUGUUUGAAAGCAUAACCGUACUUUAACAAUGCAGCCUUCUGUUUUCUGUAGAUUCGUUAUGAGGGAAUCACAAACCCUGGUUCACAGCGAGACGUAGCGGUAUGUACGAUGUCUCUUGGCCUGCUGUAAUUCUUUGGUGGGUAAAUGUGCGCAAAAAUAGCCAGAAUCGGCCAAUACGAUUGUCCAGUCCAUUCAGGAAUGUAGGCUACGUUGUGCCAGAUUGAUUACUGAUCACCUAAUCGAUUGGCACCGUGGUAUUCCAUUUAGUCCUUUAUUGUGUCAUAAAGCUGUAAUUCAUGAAAUCCACAUUUUUGGGUUUGUACAAAACACUUUUUACACAUUCAAGUAGAAUUGUUUCAUAUGUUUUAGUUCCUGGAGUCAAAAGUCUUAGCAUCUGUUUUGUAUCUUUUUAAAUGAUGGAAUAUGCACACAAUGAAUGUAUCAAUCCUGCCUGAUUUCUAGAUUGUUUUGAUGAAAAUUAUUUUUAAUGCUAAACAUAUUUAACACUCCCAUUCCCAGCUCUGCCUGAGCUCUUAACCACCAACUUUCAAACCAAGUCAAAUUUGUCCUAAUGACUAAUUUCAUUGAUUGAUUUAUUAUACUUUUUUUGUAUUUAUUUCACAUGCCGAGGUAUGUAAACAUUUCUAAUGUUAACAUCAAACACUAUUUUAUUAUAGAAGCGCUUGAUGGCUUAAAUCGUUUGUCCAAUCAGUUGCAGAUUAACCCUUUUUUUUUUUUUCAAUGGUCCGAUUUGUAUAGAAGAAGAAAAAAAAAGCAGAAAUACUCUGAUUUCUUUUUUUUUAGUGGUCUGAUGAGGCAUUGUUUCUUCCGUUUGUUAUCACUGAAAGUGUUAAGUUAAUUACACUCAUUGUUCUCUCGUGUAUUUAUUUCUGCUUUAGAUUGUGUCUUAAAUAAAUAAUGUUCUUUACUA